CAAUCCUCAAACUUUGUUCAUUUGCAGCGUUUUAUGUCAUUCAAGGAGGAGGUGGAGUUUCUUCGUUCUAGGCUGUACAAAUGGGAAGGUGAUGCCAAUACCUUCCACAAAGAAGGACCUUACAUUGAGGUGGUGACUUCACCAAGCAAUCCUGAUGGAACAAUUCGACGAGCUGUGGUGAAUCGUGGAGGCAAGCUGAUUCAUGAUCUUGCUUAUUACUGGCCUCAAUAUACCCCGAUCACUGGUGCCGCUGAUCAUGACAUUAUCUUGUUUACCUUCUCCAAGUGCACUGGGCAUGCCGGUUCUCGAAUUGGAUGGGCGAUUGUCAAAGAUGAGCAGGUGGCCAGUAAGAUGACGAAGUUUAUUGAGCUGAGCAGCAUUGGUGUGUCAAAAGAGUCCCAGCUCCGAGCUGCAAAGAUUCUCGAGGCACUUAACGAUGGCCUGGAAAACGAUACUAGGUCGGAUAACUUCUUUGAAUAUGGCCGUCGCAUCAUGGCUGAACGAUGGGAGAAACUACGGAAGAUAGUGGAAAGCAGUAGCAAGAUUUUUGGUCUUCUGGAAUAUCCGGAUGAGUUCUGCAACUUCAGCAAAGGAAUAACCGGAUCAUACCCUGCUUUUGCGUGGCUGGAGAGUAAAAAGAACGAGGACAUAGCGAAUCUUCUGGGGGCACAUAAGAUGCUGACGAGAACAGGAACUCGAUUUGGGACAGAGUCGAAGUAUGUAAGGAUAAGCAUGAUGAGUCGAGAUGAGGUUUUCAAUUUGUUCUUGGAGAGGUUGGCUGCAGCCAAAGCAAGCAAUGGGAAUGAUCACUAGCUGGGAAGGAUAUUGGUGGGUCACGGAUAACUCUGAGUCUAGGCGUAGAAAGCGAAUUAUUUAAGCGUUUAUCACAGAUGCAGCCCUUGAUGGGUCUGGUUAAUUUUGCCCUUUUCAAUUCCUAUGUUUUUCUAGGCCUAAAGCAAAUCCGUGCGAAUGCUUUUUCUUUGAUGUUCAAAUUCAUCAAUGAGAAUGCUGUUCUUCUAUAUGCAUCAGUUUUAAAUA